AAGGUUUUGGUGCAGAGAUGAUUUUUCUGCACUCUUAAUACAGGAUGGCUGGAAACUAUUAUUUUGCCAUAGUGGGUGACAAAGAUAACCCAAUUUUUGAAAUGGAAAUAUCUCCACCAAGCAAAGAAGCCAAGAAAGAAGAUCACAGACAUCUGAGCCAGUUUAUUGCCCAUGCGGCUCUAGAUUUGGUGGACGAACAGAUGUGGAGCACCUCAGCGAUGUACCUCAAGGUGGUGGACAAGUUCAACGAAUGGUUUGUCUCGGCUUUUGUUACGGCGUCUCGAAUGCGCUUCGUUCUGCUCCAUGACGUUAAGAACGAGGAUGGGAUCAAAAACUUCUUCAUGGAAUUGUAUGAAACCUACAUCAAGCACUCGAUGAAUCCAUUCUACGAGAAUAAUUCCCCGAUCAAGAGUUCUGCAUUCGACAAAAAGGCGCAAAUGUACGGUCGAAAGUACUUAACCAGCUGAUGAGGCUAUUCGAUCACGUACAGUACCAAAGGUCUGGACUGGAAGGUGUGACAGGUGUCAGCGAUGGUCGUUAUCUCGUGUCCCGCGCAGACCGGACAGCUGGAACACGGCCUGUGGCGACCGGCCGCACCGGCCUCCGACAGCAGCGCGCGCCAGCAGGGCCCCUGCAGCCAGUGCAGCCGCCGGAGCGGGCUGGGACCGCGGCGGCCGCACCGGCCUCCGACAGCAGCGCGCGCCAGCAGGGCCCCUGCAGCCAGUGCAGCCGCCGGAGCGGGCCGGGACCGCGGCGGCCGGGGCGACCUCCCACACAGUGACUGGGACCGCUGGGACUGCUGGCGGCCUGGGACCGGGACUGGGACCGCUGGGACUGCCGGCGGCCUGGGACCGGGACUGGGA